AAAACUACCCCCAAUUCUAGGGUUUCUUUCACUUCUCAGUCCCGUCUUCCUUCCUUCUCAAUUUCCGUCUUCUUUCUCCUAAAUUACAGGUUCAGGAGUGCCUGCAUGCCAAUUUCUGGCUAUCUAUAGGGCACCAAUAAAAUCGCAUGGGCUCAUCAUCUGGUGCAUGACCGAUGCGAGAGGAAGAAUCAGGAUUGGUAGCUUUGAAGAACCAGUGGAAAUGGAAGUAGUCAAUCUACCAAUGAACCUUAUCGCCAUAUAUCGCUGAUUGUGACCUCAAGGUUUCCAAAAUUUAUUUGGCAGUUCAGUACUUAUUAGGACCUGUUUGACCAUAAAAUUAGUAACUUUUUCCUGGGAUAAUUUCACUUUAUUUGAACUUCAGAAUCAUAGUCGAUGAUAACAUCACUAUGCCCCAUCACUAUUACAAAACCGUAUGUGAGAUUUUCACCUCAUAUGCUCUUUAGAGGUCACAAAUUAAUCUAUGGCCUCUUUCCUAUCUCGAUAUGUUUGUCUGAAAGUGUCAAACUCUAUCUUAAGGUCCCAAAUUAGACCAAUGGAAUUCUGUCUGCUAUAUUUUAAACUUAUAAAUAAGUGCUUAUGAGUGAUAUCAUCUUUUAAGAAUUUUAAUUUUGCUUUGUUGAUUAAUAACUUCAUCAUUAAAUAAAAUCAACAAAAUGCACUUUAUAGCGGUAUCACAUAUACAUUUCAACCUUGACUUUUCAAUUACUAAAAAAGAUUGGAGAGUCCAUUAGUUCAUGAAUCAUGAUAAUUUAUAUUAUAUCUCUAAAUAGAGAUCAAUUUUUUUCUCUGAUGUUUGCAUUAAUAUAUCCGGCAUUCUCUCUUCUGCUUCAUCCACCACCACUCGUGUGGAGGCUUCUCUCUAAGUUGGGAUGCUCUCAUACUGAUGUAUUUUACAUCCCACGGUUUUGGCAGAUCGCUUAGCCCCGUUCAUCUUCGGCACAAGAGCGCUCAAUGGCCAUUGAAAAUCCCAAAUGAAGUUGUAUAUCAAAUUCGAAAAACAUCUUCUCACCUGUGUCCAACUCACUUUUCGCUUUUGAAGUUGUAUUUAAGUACAUUCAAGUAUGAACACUUUUUCAAAUAUUUUUUUUGCAAAAAGUAUAACCAAACACAACUAUACCGUCACUCCAGUUUCAUGAAUUCCAAACAAAGUGAAAAAUAUUUGGAAGCUAUGACCAAAUGCCUACCAAGAGUUUCUUUUGGCUUUUAAGUGGUCAGUAAGUAGGUGAUUGAGCGCUGUCUAGUUCCCUUAUUAGUAUGGUUAUUAUUACUUCCCUACUAUCACAUAUUUUUUAUUAGUCUUAGUAUUACAUGUUAUUUCCUUUGCUUGGUUUUCAUAUUAUUUGUUGCUUCCGUUUGCUCUCUUUUAAAUAUUUUCACUAUGACUUCUUCGCUAUUGCAUUUGCUUUACAUACUUGUUUUUUGAUACUUGAGCCGAGGGUCUACGGGAAACAAUCUCUCUAUCUUCACAAGGUAGGGGUAGGUUGUGCAUACACCAUCCUCCUCUCCCCAGACCUCACUUGUGGGAUUACACUAGGUAUGUUGUUGUCAGUUGGAUAAAUAGAUGAUUAGCAAUAUGUCUAUACACUUAAUUAAGUUGGAUGCAUGCAAAUUCAAAUGAGUUGAGUUCCUCGUAUGAGUGCUGAUGCAUCAUAUUCUCUAGAAUCAUCCUUCUUACGUGGCAUCUCACACGAUGAACGAAAUAAGAUAACUGUAUUGGAGGAACAUUGACACUGGUCAUUUUUAAGUUUUUCUUUUCCUGACUUUUUUCCUGUUUGGCCUUGAAGAUUUAUGCCAUGGUGAAGGGAAAGCUUAUUUUAAUUUGUCAGUCUGGUGGUGAAUUUGUGAAUGAUGUCGAUGGAAACUUGUCAUAUAAAGGAGGAGAGGCAAAUGCUGUCAAUAUAAACCAAGAUACUCCAUAUGAUGAUCUCAAGAUAAAAUUGGCAGAGCUGUGUAAUCUGGAGCUUACGACAGUGUCAAUUAAGUAUUUUCUUCCAAAAAAUAGGAAAACUCUUAUUAAUUUAAGGAGUGAAAAGGACUUCAAGAGAAUGGUUGAAUUUCAUGCUAAUUCUGUUACAGCUGAGAUUUUUGUCAGCGGAAAGGAAGGUUUUGAUCACGAUGCAUUGAAUACGUACAAUGAGAGGACAAUUGGCUUAAAACUGGCUGAGAACGUAAAUCAUCAUGGCACACCUGCAGGUGCUGCUGAUUCAGGCGGUCUGAGUACAACACCUUCUAAGGCUAGCCUGCUAAGGACUGUUCGAACAGCUGCUGUCUCUCCUAUAGCUAUUCAAAGCGAUUGUCUGGUCGAUGUACAUAUCAGCUGCCAGGAACCUGCUUUUAAUAUGGCAGCUGAAAGCCUCAGUCAAACCACUACUUCGUCAAACCCUUCUUCUGGCCAUGUUGCUGAGGAGGAUUCUGACUAUGCUCCACGUUCACGUGCUGCUGUUAGUAGUACUGCCCAGAGCCCAAUUAGCUUUGACUAUAAUGCUACCCCUGCUGAUACCGUGAAGAAGCGCAGGCGCACUGCUUCCUGGAAAAUUGGUGCCAAUGGUCCAAUCAUUGUUGUGACUGAUAAUGAUUCUAAGGAGAAAUCGCGAAAGAAGAAGAGUCGAAGUUCAACUGGCGUAAUGGUGGGAAAUGACAUGGUGGAGGAUGAAGAUGGUGUUGAAUUACCUGAUAAUUUUGACAGUUCCUCUCCAAUUACUUUGCGUGAUGAAGAUCUGCCAGAGAAGCUAGUUGCCACCUGGAAAGAGGGUAUUACUGGUGUUGAUCAGGAUUUUAAGAGUGUGAAAGAGUUCCGGGCUGCACUGCAAAAGUAUGCUGUUGCUCAUCGGUUUGUCUACAAGUUGAAGAAAAAUGAUGCUAUCCGUGUAAGUGGCAGAUGUGUGGUAGAGGGUUGUUCUUGGAAAAUUCAUGCAUCUAGGGUCCCUGAUGCUCAAACAUUUAGGAUCAGAAAGUAUAAUGAUUUGCAUACAUGUGAAGGCAAAUCCUGGAAGUCUUCUCAUCGUACAAGGAAUUGGUUGGUAAGUAUCAUCAAGGAAAGGUUACGAGAUUCUCCAAAUGACAAACCCAGGGAAAUCGCUAAAAGCAUUUUGCGUGACUUUGGGAUUAAAUUGAGAUACUCACAAGUAUGGCGAGGAAUGGAAGAUGCCAAGGAGCAGCUUCAAGGUUCAUACUCAAAGUCAUAUAACAGGCUGCCUUGGUUCUGCGAAAAGGUAGUAAAUACUAAUCCUGGAACUGUUGUUAAGCUUGUGCUAGACGAUGAAAAAAGACUUCAGCGCUUCUUUUUUUCACUUCAUGCCUCCAUUCAUGGUUUCAAGCACGGUUGCCGACCCCUUAUUUUCCUUGAAGCCACAUCUCUAAGAUCAAAGUACAAGGAGACUUUAAUAACAGCAACUGCGGUUGAUGCAGAUGAUUGUUUCUUUCCUGUUGCUUUUGCAGUAAUAGAUAUUGAAAAUGAUGAUAGUUGGCGUUGGUUUUUGGAGCAACUAAAAUCUGCAUUGUCAACUUCUCAUUCUAUAACUUUUAUUUCAGAUCGAGAGAAAAAUUUAAAGAACUCUGUGUUUGAGGUGUUUGAGAAUUCUUCUCAUGGCUAUUCCAUUUUUCAUCUUCUGGAAAGCUUCAAGAGAAAUAUGAAGGGUCCAUUCCAUGGUGAUGGGAGAGCUGUUUUACCUGAAAUUUUCCUUGCUGCAGCUCAUGCAGUUCGACUUAAUGGUUUUAAAAGUUUGACUGAGCAAAUUAAACAGAUUUGUUCACACGCAUAUGAUUGGUUGAACCAGAUUGAGCCCGAGUGUUGGACGAGUUUGUCAUUUAAAGGUCAGCACUAUAACUAUAUCACAGAGAAUGUUGCAGAACCAUACUCCAAGUUGAUUGAGGAUUCUCGAGGAUCAACAAUAAUGCAAAAGAUAGAAUCCCUAAUAUGUAUGCUCAGUGAUCUAAUAGAUCAUCGUAAAUCGGAGUCAAGUACUUGGUCCACCAAACUUACUCCAUCAAAAGAGAAAAAGAUGCAGAAAGAAGCUGCUAAAGCCCAUGGUCUAAAAGUUCUAAUCUCUUCUGAUGUCUUAUUUGAAGUUCAUGAUGAGAUGACUCACGUUGUGAAUAUUGAAAACCGUGAGUGCACGUGCUUUGAGUGGAAACAAAGUGGUCUGCCUUGCUGCCACGCUGUGGCUGUGUUCAACUCUAUUGGUAAAUCUGUGUAUGAUUACUGCUCGAGUUACUUCACGGUUGAAAGUUACCAUUUUACAUAUUCUGCAUCUGUAAACCCGAUACCUGGGAUUGGAACACCAGAUGAAGAAGAUGGCGAGUCAGAUACUGCAGAUGUGCUACCCCCUUGCCCUCCAGAAUUGCCGAUAGAGGAAAAACCAGAGGAGACCAAAAGUAUGGACCCAGAUAAGAGGACAGUAACUUGCAGCAAGUGCAAGGAACCAGGACAUAAUAAAGCUUCAUGCAAGGCCAGCUUAUAGAUCCUUUGCUCCCCCCAUUGUUUGCUUCUUGUACAGCUUUUAUAGUUACAUGGUAGUGACUUGUGAUGUAUUGCUCAUCGUCGCGCGCCUCUGAAUUUCUACAGUAACAUUAUUGAUUUAUUUUCAUUUGAAAAAACAUAAUUUCUGGGUUAUUGGACUCAGAAAGCAAGGUGUAAGAUAAGACGAUGGUGUACUAUUUUUGGUCUCAAAAGGGUAUGAAAGCUCUUCUCAUAGCUUGCAAAAGUGAAUCUUAUAUUCAGACGAUGAGUUUGUGAA